GGACAAAACCGCCGAGUCCAGCGCCUCUGUCCAACUCCAUCGCUCAAUCCAAGACCCCUCCCCCGAUUUAAAACGGCAUCUGGCUCACAUCCCAGUCCCAACCCAGUCCCAGUCCCAGUCCCCCAAGUACAUAUCCCCGCAUCCGCAUCCAAAGCCAAGAGCCAAGCCCAAGGCCCCAUUUGCAUCCGGUUCAGCCUCCGCCCGUCCGCCCCGUCCGCCAUGAUCUCUCAGGAACAAGUCCCGCUUGCCGCGUCCAUCGCCGGUGCCAUCUCCGUCAGCUGCUGGGUCGUCGUCUACACUCCACAAAUCUGGGAAAACUACUGCCGGAAAUCGACGCAGGGGCUUUCGCUGAUGUUCGUCAUCAUCUGGAUGCUCGGCGAUUUGUUUAGUCUGAUCGGCUCGCUGAUGAACAAACUCAUCCUGACCGUGUACGGGUUGGCCAUCUAUUACCUGUUCAUGGACGUCAUCCUCCUCUGGCAGUACGUCCGCUACCGUCCUGUCAGCAACCCCGUUUUGGUCUCAGCCGACGCUGCUGUGGACGACCGCACUCGGCUGCUGGCAGAGGCUCCUGAGCAGCCCCAUCCGAAUUACCAGACCAACAAUCCAUCGGUGCCAUCCGGGAGCCAUGCUGCUGCCGCUGCCACUCGGACCGCUAUUGUCUUGACGGGCCUGGUGUUUUUGUCUCAGUCGGCUGCGACUCCGGGAUCAGCGAUUUCCGGCAGGGUCUUUGAGUCGUCGAUACUGGAAGACAUUCCGGAGGAUACCCUGUAUAUGGCCAACCUCAUGGGCUAUCUUUCUGCCAUUCUCUAUGUUCUCUCUCGGAUACCCCAGAUCGUCGAGAACUUCAGAAACAAGUCAUGCGAGGGUCUCUCCCUCCUCAUGUUCCUCUUCAGCACCGUCGGCAACGUCACGUACUGCAUGUCGAUUCUCCUGGUUUCGCUCGAGCCCGAGUACCUUGCCCGCAAUGUGCCUUGGCUCCUCGGCAGCGCCGGAACGCUGCUCUUUGAUGGAAUUAUCUUUAUCCAGUUCUUUGCCUAUCGACACCGGCAUCGACAUGUAUCUGUCUCGCCCGCAGAGACAGACUGUGUGUGAGCCAAUACCCCAGCUGCGAUUCUUCCUGCCCUCUGCUACCACCCGCUGAAACGCUCACCCUUGUCCAUACCACCGGCGGCCUGGCAGAUCGUUCAUCCCGCCUGUGUUGUCAGAGGGGCGUUGUCGUUGAAAAUAGAUUUUUGAGACUGCAUUGCCACCGGCGCUGCCACCGCGUUGUGCGACCCGGUGGGUUGGGCGGG